AGUGACAGCACAUUAUUUUUAUUUUUAAAUGUUAAUUUUUAAAAUGUAAGCCUAAAUUUCCGCUUUAUACGUUAGAAAUCAUCACAUAUAAUUCAACAUCGAUACAAUAAUGUGAUAUCGAACGUUAAAUAUGAAGAAGUACCAUCAAUUGAUACUGUUAAUUAUAUCAGCAAUCAGUUUGGGUUUGUUUCUAAUAUACCGUCACGAAUACAAUCGGCUGCACUACGUUCUAGAAGUAUUCAAUUUCUUCGGGCAACCCUGCAACUUUUCCGAUUUACAAACGAUCGAUUUCACGUUGAGACAACACGAUUGGGGCCCGCCGCCCGUUUGGCAGGAGACCGAAAACGCUUACAUUUACUCGGCCUUUUUGAUAGAAAAAUCCAAAGCCAAAGCCAUAGUAUUGCCCAAAGACGGCCAAAAACUACCGAAGAACUGUUACUUAUGGCUCGAAGAUCGCAAGAAACCGCUCACCGGAAAGUUCAGCUUCUCCAAAAUGGUAGACGGAGCCAACUCGUUGGUACCAUAUUUCUACUAUUGCACCGCUACAAACGUCGAAACCGCCCCGUUCGCCGUCUCAUUCAAUUCAAUCACUAAACACGACGGUAACGUAAAGAAAAUCCCGCUAAACGACAUCAGCGCCCCCAAACCGACCGUCGACAUCAACAUCACCGUCUGCGUGCCCCCUUUGCUAUUCAGCAAACGAAAAUUCGUCGAGUUCUUCAGCUUCCACCGAUUGAUCGGCGUCGAAUCGUUCAUCUUCUACGACAAAGACAUCCCCCGCAGGUUAGUCAAGCUGAUGGAGAACCUCUCGAAGCGCCUCGACGUGCGACUGGCCUUCCUGCCCUGGAACUUCCCCAAAACCGAAACCGCCGCCGUCCGGACGAUCGUCGAAAACGACUGUCUAUUGCGCACCCUCCGCCAGUCCAAGUUCACAGCCGUGUUGGAGCUCAACGAGUACAUCGUACCGGUCUCUUCGUUCACCGUAAACGAUCUGCUGAGAGACUCCAAGGCGAGCCUGCCCGUCCGGAAGUUUUGCUCCGGCAACGGCGAUUUAGGCAAACCAGUGGCGUUGCAGAGUUAUAAUGUUAUCAACGAUGCUCGCUUCAAUUCCGUCCGAUACAUCUACAAAAACGACAAUCCGGAUGGUUAUUGGGAUAACGAAGCAGCCGCUCCGGACGGAUCCAGAGCAUCCGUUCACAAGUACAUCAAAUGCGAUGCUAAUACCAAAACAACGAAAGACUACAACAUGAUGAAAUUCUCUACCGACUUCACCAGAUCCACUUUAGUUCAACUGCUCGUGCAUAAUCAACUUUAAAUCGUACAGCUUGUUUUGUUUUGUUGUUGUUAAUUUAACUGUAAUAUACGAGUACUUGGGCUA